AUGAAAUUGGUUACGCUCUGUGAGGCCAUUAUUUGUUUCCCUAGACUUUUUGAGAAGUAUCCAUUUUCGAUUCUGAUAAAUUCUGCAUUCCUAAAGCUGGAAGAGGUCUUCAGGACAAGACUGUGUGUUCUAAUAGUCUGCCAGCAAAGUGAAAGGCAUCUAGACAAGAUCCUCAACGUGGAUGAAUUUGUCAAAAUAAUAUUCACAGUUAUUCAUUCCAAUAAUCCAAUUGCAAGAUCUCAUGGCACUGAGAACUUUGGGGAGUAUGGAAAUUAUUAUGAUCGGAAAUCAGUGAAUCACAGCAUUCGCGACAGUUUGGAUUUGCACGAUGCUGUAGAGUUAGAGGCAGCUAUCUACGCCGCAUCCAACAAAAUUGCCGAGAUGAUUCAGGGACUGGUAACACCUGUAAAUAUCAAGCUCAAGCUCAUCCCCAUCUUGCAGUACAUGCACCAUGAUGCUCACACGGCCGCCAUGGUUCGACGUUUGUGCGCACAGCUCUUGCACAGCUACCCUGCCCAAAAUUUCGUCUGUGUGACACUACACACACUGCUGGCUAGUGAAACUCUGGUCGAAAUCCCUCAACAGCUACUCCUGCUUCUUGAAUAUUUGUGCGAUUCCAGGAGAGGUGUCCAGGCUCAAGUUUUGUCUGACUUGAAAAUUCAGAUCGCUGGACGUUCUAGUAACCCGCUAGCCAUGGCUGUUUUAUCCUCAAAGCUAAAUCAGUGUUGCUACAGUUGCGACCGUGCCCGAUUUAAGCCACGACGCUGCCCUAGCUGUCGAAUCGCUCAUAUUGGGCCUCUGCUUGGCGGGAAAAACCGAAGAGAGGGAACUCAAGAUUGCGUUGACAUCAGCCGUCCAGCUGAGUCGUGUCGCCGGACCAGAAAUCAGGGACACCUUAUUGAUUGCCUCACUCGCCUUUUGCUUCAAUCUUCCGGUUCCACGUUAGUCCUGCUGUGCCAGGCCCUGGCUGCCAUCGGAGACACCCAACCGUCCGCCAUUGUACCAGCAUUGGUUGACAUCAUGUCAAUGCUCAAGAAACUCACCGUUCAAAGCGAUCAAGAGUUGUUGGCAAUUCCAUUGUUGUGCGUUCUCAUGUUCCAGACGCACGCCUCUCAUUGUUGGUCUCAACAGGCCAGCGAAGUGGUCCACGAAGUCAUCUUUAGGGUCAACUUGUGGGUGGCUUUCCGAAUCGCCCGCUCUGCCACAAGCAUCGCUGAGCAUCUCUACUUUUGGAUUCAGGGAUUGCGCGAUUUCACCCUGGCCGAAUCUCACCUGAGUUGCGGCACUGGAUCCGAUGCUGUAGCCGUUUCUCUCAUAGAAAGAUUAGUGUUGGCCUCGAAGCUUUAUCUGGAAGGGAAUGUCUUCACUGAAGGCAACCACCAGCCCCACCCGCGUUCUUCAGUUUCAAGCCGAAUUCGGCCGAUUGCGAGUCGAAUUCCUGUCGGCGUGCUCUCAACUUGUCCAGGCUUGUCGAACGCUUCAGACAGCCCCGCCGUCGGCCAUCGCUCACGCCGUAGCGGCUGCCACCCGAGACGAACUGCAGCGCUGCGGUCGAAUUACUCACCAGCUGAGGAAGUCGGUGUUUGUGCUCCGGCAGGUGGCCGAAGCCUGUCCAAGCUCGGACAGAGCGCCUUCGACCCCGACCAGUACCAGGAGAGCCUCACGAAUUUGCAGCUACAAAAGCAGACGGCCUUGAUCAUGACCCAGACGGUCGAGUCCACCUACCUCCGGGCGUCUCAGCUAGGCGUUAUGACUGUCGAAAACGAUCUGCCCAUGAUCAACAAGACGGUGCAAGCAGAUCACGUCGCUGUGCGGAGUAUGGCCACUCGAUGCCCUGAAGCUGUCGAUCUCGUAAGACGUUUCCGCGAUGGCAUCCCUGAUUUGAAACUUAUUAAUCACUUGUUGGCGGUGAGCCCUCAGCCGAGAGUGGCCGGAGAGACGAUAACGACAACCAUUGGCUCGCAGUUGGCCGUUAAGGUGGAAGGUAUUGUCCAGGUUACUUCCAGCCCGCGAUAUUUUGGACGGAGAGUACGUGUCGUUCAAGUGACAAUACAAUCGAAUCCUACUAACCCGACAGUUGGAUCGGAUGACAAGCCGAUCGAGUCAAGUACGAGUAGCCUAUGA